AUGCUCAGAAAGUUUUCUGGGCGUCUACCUUUCCGAAGUUGGCACGACCGCCAGACGGUCAGAACAUUCUCUUGGGCUGCCCCUCGGCGUACAACUCCAGGUCUUUUCGGCAAUCCCCUGCUGGCGACACCACAAAAUUUCGUUGAAUUGAAUGAGCGAACACGAGCCGCUGCAUUUUCUCUGAUCGACAGAAUUGAAAAGGGUGACGAAAGUAGAACUACCGUCCAGUUAUUUGACGAUUUGAGCAAUGAGAUUUGCUGUGCCGCAGAUGUGGUGGAAUGUAUUCGUCAAAUGCAUACGGAUCCCACUUUCAACCAAGCUGCUGAGGCAAGUGCUCACGAUUUUUGCGAUCUAGUCGAAACGAUAAAUACAAGGAGAUCUCUUUAUGAAAAACUGCUUUCCGCCAAGAAAACCGAGGCCGAUCGAAUGGACGCGAUGGACGCUAGAACGUUAGAGCUGUUCCUUGACGAUUUUCAUCAGAGCGGUGUCCAAUUACCAGACGAUCAGAGGAAACGUUUUGUCGACCUCAGCACCGAAAUUUUCAUGGCCGGAUCAAGGUAUCAGCAAAUGUGCGAUACGCCUGCCAAGAUUUCAAAAGAGGAUCAAGCCAGAUUUCGAUUUCCGCAGGAUUUGAUCGCCGGCCCGUGGAGCACUUAUCCGGAUUACCGGAUUCGGAGUUUUACGUCGCAGGCCUUCUACAAGCACAACGACGCGCAAGAGGCGAAUUUGAAGCUGCUGGUGGGGAAGCGGCACGAAUUGGCACGUCUUACUGGUUUCGAGAGCUAUGCCCAUCGCGCGCAAUACAACUCAAUUCUUGGCGAAUAUUCGGUGUGCAAAGAUUUCCUCGAGGGGCUGAUUGAUAAAUUGCGACCGGCCGUCGAUGAGGAAUUGCGAGUUUUGGUGGAUAUGCGGGAGCGCCUGGGGUAUUCACAUGAAGAUGAAGGCAAGCUGGCAGAGUCAGACAUACAAUAUCUGGCUUCUCGAUGUCGCGAUCCUGGCACCACCCCAAGCGUCGAACCAAAUCAAUUCACCGUUGGAUGCAUGAUGGAUUGUUUUGAGAAAAUCUGCAAUUCUUUAUACGGAGUUUCGUUUGAAUACGAGCCUUUGAGCGCCGGGGAAGUCUGGCCAGGCAUGGUAUUCAAGAUUGGCGUCAGGGAUUCGAACGCUAAUUUGCUGGGGACGAUCUAUUUGGACAUUGAGAAUCGGGAGUCAAAAGCCACAGGCGAUUGUCAUUAUACGUUGCGCUGUUCGAAACAGUUAUCCGACGGUGAUUGGCAAACCCCGAUCGUACUCCUAUCACUCUCCAUUUCACGACAAUCCUCCGGAGACUGGCGAUCGUUUCAACUCCGCACUCAUCAGGCCGAAAAUCUUUUCCACGAAAUGGGCCAUGCGAUGCACUCAAUGCUGGGUCGGACACGCUAUCAACAUGUGGCUGGCACGCGCUGCCCACAGGAUAUGGCAGAAAUACCAUCGAAUCUGAUGGAGAACUUCUUCAACGACCCGACUGCAAUGUCAAAGUCCCUUGAACUAGCGGAUCACAAUUCGACGCAACUGCUCAGCUUAUUCAACAGCAUCGCAAAAUCCCGGGCCUCAUUUCUAUCGCUUGAACUGACCCAACAGGCCACAACUGCUCUGUUCGAUCUGGAAGUGCACAGCGCGUUGGCGAAGAACGUGGCGGAGGGCAGACUCUCAUCUACAGCCCUGAUGAGCCGGAUAACUGAAUGGGCAACGCCGACGAUAUCCCGGACUGAGGGCUACGCGUGGCAGCAUCGCUUCCACCAUCUCGUUCAAUAUGGGGCCCGAUACUAUUCGUACUUGGUCGCCCGCUCGUCUGCAUCGCUGAUCUACAACGAGCUUUUUGCCAAAGAUCCCUUAAACCGGAAGAGCGGCGAUCGCUGGGCGUUGGCACAAAGUCACGGUGGUGGCAUCCACCCGCAAGAGCUACUCAAGGGUCUACUCAACUACACCCCCAGCAGCACCACAUUGACGAAUGCUGUCUUGGAAGAAGUGAAAAAGGCGAAAAGUCUCGAUUCACCCAUCAUCAGCGAUCGAGUGGCGAUUGUCUCCUCGACAGCCUAUCUUUUGCGCCAGCAUGCAAGCCCGUUCCUGGUCAACAACAUUGUCGUACAUCUGACGGCACUUUUUAAGGAAGAUGUCCAAAAUGCCAACACCAUUCGUUUCGCCAUCGUGAAUGCGCUCGAGGCUUGCAAGCCGCACCUCUCGCACACGUUCUCCACUGAUAAAAUCGUCGCCAACAUUCUGGUCGUCUCCCAUAGCACGGAUAUUACGGCUCGUUCGCUGACGCUUCAGAUGCUGGCCAGCUUGGCCCCUUGUGCCAAAGAUCAUAAGCAGGUGCACCAUCUAAUCGUGGAGUCUCUUCUAUCGCUCCAUGACGAAGAAUUUGCCUCGGCCGCCGCUGCGUUGAGGGAAUACGUUCCAUUGAGCACGUGGCUCAACUUCCUGCUGGACGAUCUGGAGCAGGCCAGCUCUUGGCACUAUCAGCUCAGCGCGCUUCGCUCGGUGAAACGAUUGGCCAAAUACGGGCAUAUGUGGAAUGAGGAUGCUAUUCAGAAACUCUGCAAACUACAAGGAAUGCUUGGCACAAAAGAGCCACUCCUUUUCACAUAUCUCGAAAUUCUCGAGGUGAUCGCUGAGCGAGCGCUUCCGGCGCAUAUAAAACGGCUGAAUGAGCUGCUAGAACAAGGGCUAUCCACCUAUGUAACGUCCGAACAUCUGAAGGUCCGCGUAGCAUACCUGAAUCUGGUGUCUCUACUCCUCGGCCGAGCGCCCGCCCUCGCCGCCCGUCAACACGGACUGGGGAAAGCGUUUGCCACCGCGUUUGCGCAACGUAUGGAUGAAAAGACCGGGAAGAAGGCAACCUUCAUCCGCUACACACGGGAAGCCGGCGACCCCGGAACCCAAGCGAAUGAUGCCCUGAGGCUGGUAGAAUCGCUUGGCCCGUCGCACUCGUCAGCGCCUCUAUUUGUCGAGAUGUUUGCCCAGAUGGCCGAUUCGAUCCCAGAUACCGUCGUCCAUUUGGCCCCGUGGGCGCGGAAUAGCUUUGGGCGGGCUGAGUUUUUAAAAUUGGCAACUCGACAGCUGGCAUUUAUCGCAAUGUCGCACACCGAUAUCGUUAGGAGUUUGCCAGCCGAAUGGGCUACGGAUGAUCUGCAGCGCUACAAGGUCGCCUUGUUGGCAUUUCGAACUGGCCACUGGAGCGAUGUGGCACGACCUCUGCUGGCGGGGAUCGAACAACAGAGACUGAGCUUCAUCUCCGGCGGCUGGAUUACCGUAUUGCGGCUGCUCAGCGCGUCUCAGCCCCUCGAGUUUGCGAUUGACGACCUGGAGGCGGCCGUGGACUCGCUUCGUCAAGCCGAGCUGCUGUUGAAGAGACUCCAACAUGGCUCGUAUUCCGCGGAUUUCCUCUUUACGUCCCGUUUCUUGACGUGCCUCCUCAGCACACAAAUGGUCUACGCUGCCAUCUAUAGAAGCCUAGCCCAUUUCCUGCACGGUAUCGAGUCGUUGGCGAAUCCCACUGUUUGCGAUCGAGCUGCCAGGGCCCUCGAAAAUUCCGUGCUCGUUGCCAAGGAGGCGCACGAAAAUUGGUCGGCGUUGUCACGGUCUUGUUUUGCGGCUGAUAAUCGGACGCUGGACAUCCUCCACCUAAUGGCCGCUAUGACUGGCCUUUUGCAGUACGGCCUCCAGAUGAUGACAUCAUCAAUAGACCCGACGCCGAUCGUCAUCCCAACGCUGGACGCCCCCACGACGAUGAGCGUCCGCCAGCGACAGUUGCUCGAAUGGGCCAAGAACAAUAUUGAACAGAUCACGAGAUUGGGCGUGACAGAAGAGCACCGUGUCAGCGAGCAGACGGUCAACCACUUUGUCGUCGUGCUGAAGGCGUUGUGUAUGCACCGCCUCGGCCUGCCACGAUACCUCUUCCACCAGCCCUGUCAAUUCGGAAUUACGCUGUCCGUAACACCGAAUACUCCGGAAUAUCACGCACUGCCAAAUCAGCCGGUCCCGAUGAAGGUGACUGGCGCAGUGACUUCACGUGGCUUAUUGGCCCCAAUCGAGCAAAUCGUCGUCACGGCCAUUGUUCGAUUCCCGACAAAUGCGGCCAAAUGCGACUUCGAGCAGUCACAAGUGGUCAGCUUCAAGGACGACAAAUUCUUCCACGCAAAUUUUCUGCUGCACUUUAUUUCGAAUUGCACGGUCGACUUCUUCGUGGAAUUCGUCGAUGCGGAGCGACGGCAAAAUUGGAGAAGCGAGGCGACGACCUCGGUCAGCAUCCGGGUCACCGAA